GUUUUCGCGAUAGAUUUCUUUAAACCAAUAUUACCUCUUUGAUAAUGAACGUGUAUCUGUGAGUACCUAUGAAACUGCGAAUACAUUGGGCUGGAUAAGGUUAUCUAAUUAAUUGCGGGGAGGAUGCAGCAGACACCAUCGAGUACUUGGCAAAGCGAAGGUUUCUGCAGCUAGGCACGAGCAAAAUACCUGCCCAAUCCGUGGUGUCUGUCUUAGAAGCUGCAUGAGCGACAAGUAGGUACCUCACAAGUUAAAACCCUCAAAGUUGAUCAAUCCAAUCGCGGCCACGUGCUGCGAUGUGGUGGUUAUCAUGAAUUGGUAGGUCUAUCUUUAAUCAGACAUAUAAGUAUUGUUCAUUCCCUUCUGCAUGUUACCGGCCUUCCACAUGUCUCACAGGAUUUGCGUCUUUCCUCUGUCAAAAUGUAUCUCCCGGUAGUUUUGACUACUUUAUCACUGUUGUCAGUCACUACUGCACACAAAGGCCAUAAACGGCGAUCCGUUCCGUCAAGUCCUCAAGCAUUGAACAAAACAAUCACAAAUACAAUUCCAAAUGCUGCUGGAGGUCCAACCCUUUACUAUAACGGGACUGGUCCUGUACCUUCUUACAACGAGACCUCUCCUAUCCCAGCACCAUUGCCUAUCCUAAGGUAUGACUAUCUAUCCCUUUUCUGUACCGUCACUAACUACCACUAGCAAGCAGGAGAUUGAAGAUAAUAUCUUCAAUGAGAUCCAAGGAAUUGUUAAUGGGAAUGGACUCACUACGGAAUGCUCAAAAUGCAUUGCCGGCACCGAAGUAAUGCAUCUUGCAGCUAUCAUGCAACCCGUGGAUACCAUUGUGAACCUUCUUAUUCGUGCCUGCGAAGCCUUUCCAAAAGUCUACGACAGCAUUUACGCAGAGACCUGUUAUGAGGAAUACUCUGGAAUUGGUGGAACUGGUCCGUAUCUUGCUCAACUGUUUGCCAAAAUGAGCAUGGCUACCGAUGAUAUGCAAGGUUACUGUUUUUAUGUAUGGGACACUUGUAGCUUACCCCCAACCAUACUUAUCGAUGAAUCUGCAUACUUUAAACCAAAGCCAGCCAACAAGAGAGUGGCCCCUAAACCAUCUAGUAAGUUCUAGCAGUCGGUCAAUCCUCGGUAUAUUAAGUCUAAUCACUCAAUAGACAAGACCAUUGAUGUUCUACAUCUCUCGGAUUGGCAUUUAGAUACACGAUAUGAUAUCGGUAGUGAAGCCAAUUGCUCGCAAUACAUGUGUUGUAGGCCAUAUUCAACAAAUAACGUACUUAAUACGACGAGUACUAACCCAUCCGUACCGGCGUCUCGGUUUGGAUACUUUUAUUGCGAUGCUCCUCCUGAUUUAGCUCUCUCAGCAUUUUCAACAAUGGACCAAUUCAUCAACAGAUCUAACGUGGCCUUCACGAUAUUUACUGGUGAUAUCGUGAGCCAUGAUAACGAUGACCAAAUAAGUAGAGCUUAUGUAGAGUAUGAAGAGACGGUUACCUACCAGACCUUCAAAGCCCAAAUGAAAGAUAGCCCUAUCUACGCCACUCUAGGAAAUCAUGAUUCCCUCCCAGAAGCUUUGAAUACGCCAAAUUCCAUCAACAACUCUACAGGACAAUCAAAUGUGUUUUCUUGGAACUACAAUUUAUUGUCCAGCUUAUGGCUUAACAAUGGGUGGAUCGACAGUAAAGCAGCUCAGUAUGCCUCAAAUCAUUACGGUGCAUAUGCCACUGUCACGUCUCAAGGUUUAAAAAUUAUCUCUAUCAAUACGGACUUUUGGUACACGGACAAUAUCUUCAACUUCUUCAACAUGACAAAUCCGGACACUUCUGGGGUUCUCACCUUUCUUGCCAACGAGCUUCAAAAGUCGGAAGAUAUUGAUCAACGUGUUUGGAUCAUUGGACAUGUUCUUCCUGGAUAUGACGGCUCCCAAGCACUACCAAAUCCAACAGCUUUAUUCUAUAGUAUUGUUGCUAGGUUUUCGCCAGCAACAAUCGCGGGAAUAUUCUUUGGUCAUACACACGAAGAACAGCUUAUGAUCUAUUAUGAUUACCUGCCAAACUCGACAAUCUCUAGCAAUACAAAUUCGAUCAUCCGUGACACCAGCCUAGUUGAUUACAACAAUCCUCUCCAAGUUGGAUAUGUUGGGCCUUCUAUUACCCCUCUCAGCGGGAACAAUGCUGGGUGGGUCAACCUUCAGGUCGAUGCUUCAACUUUCUCUGUCGUUAAUGCUCAGACUUACUUCGCUAAUAUGUCCAAUGCUAACCUAUGGACAACCCCCAUAUGGGAAUUUGAGUAUGAUAAGCGCCAAAUAUACGACCCCAAUGCAACUUGGCCUUCCAAUGCUCCUCUAGACGGCGCUUUUUGGCAUGGAGUAACCGAAAAUAUGUUGGCAAACAAUUCUUUAGUGGAAGUUUAUAAUUUCCUUGAGACCAAAAGUUCUGCGGUGACAAAAAGUUGUAACACGGCAGCUUGCGCAAAACAAAAGGUUUGCUAUCUGAGAAGCGGAAGUGGGGCUUUGGGAUAUGCUUGUCCUUACAAAGAUGGCCCUUUUUGAGUGCAUUUCCAGUUUGUGGGCAAUAAAUAUAUACACGGCAUAAUGCAGUUAUUAGUAUCUUUCCCAUAGGUUACCAUCACUUCCUUGCAUGCAAUAAAUUCUGCGUUUCUAUAGACCUGUAAAUACAAUUCAUCAACUCCUCGUCAUCGGUAACCUGUAGGUAGCCGAGUAGCCGAGUAUAUGUAUGUAGUAUCAUAUUCUGACG